AUUUUCUCUGACUUGCGAGUACUCACGGAAUACGACGGAAAUAGCCGAAAAUUGACGAGGUUUACCUACAGACGCGGUGUUGUUGAAUAUAACUGGAAAUUUAGCCGUUAGAUUCGAUAAAGCUUAAAAUAUGUCAGGGCAAAGUGAAGAGCACAGAGAGAUCUCGGCCCCAAGGGUCAGCAAAUUCAACGUUUACAUUCAGGGGGACCUUAAACAUAGCCACUUCACAAUUCUGACAGUCCAUGACUUAGGAUGCAAUCACAAGAGCUGGGAGCCAUUCCUGCAGCAUGAGUCGAUGGUGAACAUCACCAGCCGAUGUGCCUUCAUCCACGUGGAUAUUCCAGGCCAAGAGGACAGUGCCCCGAAGCUCCCCGCUGACUACACUUUCCCAAGCAUGCAGAGUCUGGGAGAAGAUUUGGUCUGCGUCCUUGAUCAACUGGACGUGAAGAACGUGGUUGGGCUGGGAGAGGGGGCAGGAGCCAACAUCCUCGCCAGGUUUGCUAUGGUCCAGCCGAACCGUGUACUUGGUGUAUGUCUGAUCCACUGUACUGGAACCUCUGCCGGCUUCAUGGAGUCUCUCAAGGAUAAGAUCCUGGGCUGGAAGCUGGAGCAUAUCGGGAUGAACCCCACGGCAGAGUCGUAUCUUGUCCUGCAUAGAUUUGGAUCGUCUGAUACCUUCAAAGCAGAGUUUGAGAACGCCAAUGACAAGGAAGAGCUGAAUGGGGUACUCCAGUCUUACCAGGAAGCUCUACGCUCCAAGAUCAACCCUCACAACCUCAACAACUUUGUCCAGUCAUUCAUGAAGAGAAGCAACAUAACGGACAGCAUUCAGAAGAUCAAGUGCCCAGUGCUGAUGGUGACAGGAGACCAGGCUUCCUUCAACCACACUGUGCACACCCUGUACUCGGCCAUGUCACAGAAGAUGGACAAGGGCAAGAUAGAGCUGCUCGAGGUGGAAGGAGUUGCUAAUGUUCUCGAGGAACGGCCAGAGAAGUUGGCAGAGAGUUUCUUGUACUUCUGUCAGGGUAUUGGUGUAGUUGGAGGCGUGCCAAUGCCAAGGGUAUCUAGGACAAGCUCGAUGGACGCAGAGGCUGGUAGAGCGGCCAUGAGGAACAGAUCUAUGUCUAUGGAAGAGGCUGACCAGCCAAAGGGCAUCUACUCCACGAGCCCGACACACGUUGGCUCCCCACCCAAGGCCAAUAUCGCCGAGUAAGGACCUAAUCAUCUCAACCCUCAAACUGGGCUGUCGUCCGAUAUUUUCACAAACAUCAAUGUUCUUUCACCUUGUAGGAUUGUUAUUUGUAUGUUUUGAAACGCAAAUUGGGAAACACUCAAGUGAUUUUGUGGCAGUGUACAGUAUAAGAUUCAUAUAUGAGUUAAAGAGAGAAUGAGAUUUAAUAUAUCAGUGAAGCUGCACUGAGUUUGAACAUCAGGAAAGGAUUAGGUUAAAAUGGAAUUGUUAUGGUAUGCAAGGAAAUAAUAAAGAUAGUAUAGCAUAUGAGUGGUAAUAAAUAUUGUGUUUUUCACAGACUGCUAGUUGUACACUGACUCGUGUUUUGUUCCUUAUUUUUUGUAUUUCUUACUAAGAUAGCAUAGCAGAUGUACCUGAAUAGUGUUGGUGGAGGGAAAAAUGGUAAAUUGUAACUUUAGACAUUAUGUGUAGAAUUGUAUAGCUGUUAUAGAAACUUCAAUGACAUGUGUAUAAUCGAGUUGUGAAUAAUUAUUUUAACUUGAAAAAAAAAUCUUGAUUUAUAGGAUGAUUGAACGAUGUUUGUUAAGGAGUUUUUACCUUAAAUCCCAGUAUUCCCUUUGUGGAAACUGUUGCCUUUAACGGAGCUUACGGUGAUUGGAAUUGCCUCAUUUUAAACCAUAUAUCAAUAUAUUAUAUUCAUUUUGAUACUUUGGGAUUCAAAGGCAUUAGCACACAUGUUUAAGAGGCUGGAAGUAUCUGAUAUGGGCAGCAACUGUAGUUCUCAUACAGCCAUCUUGGCUUUCAAAUGCAUCAAAAUGUACAUAUUUGACGAUGAGCUGAAGUGUGGUCAUUGAAAUGAUAACAGCGCUCAUGCAACAUUUGGUGCCGAAUACUAGAAUUCAAUUCUAGUUAACUGUAAUCAGUUGUGAAUGUGGCUACAAGUGUGCCCAUUUUUCUAGUCGGGUUCUUAUAGUUGUAUCUAGAAGCAUGUUAACCUUUUUAGGAGUUGCAUCAAUAGGUACAGCUGGGGUACUGAAUCAUUCCUUUUUCAUUAUUUGCCUAAUUACUAUAGAUGUUUUUUGUUCCAUCACUGUAAAUUACAUGUGUAUCAAAACCGUUGAACAUAGAGUACAAAACCCAAUUACAUGUAUGAUCCAAUAUUUUGACGUAUUUUUGCAGCCUUACUAACUUCUAAGAAUCUCAUAGAAUGUUGAAUGCAUACUCAAUGUAGUGUCAGCAGUUUUGAUCACAGUCAUAUUAAAGCAUCCCACUGUAAAUUAUCCCUUGUUUUGUUGUAACAGCAAACGGUCCGUGUCAGGUAGUGAUAUAGUACUUGGAUUUUUAUUUAGUUAAACUAGAAUAUGAAGUUUACAGUUUUUGAUUUCUGUUAAAUGUAUGUUGGUUGACUGUGUUCCUGUUUUGUGAAGAAAAAACAUAAAACAUGUACUUAAAAAAUGUAACUUUUUACAAUUAAUUACAAUUCAGAUUGUGCCUAGUUUACUAUGACCAAGUUAUAAACACUAUUUUGAAAUAAUUGUAAAUGUCGUUGUUUUUGCUAAUUGUAGGUGUAAACAUACAUGUAAUGUGCCAGUUACAGUCUAUAAGAAGUUGUUCCGCCUUUAUCAGAAGUUUUACAAUGAAUUCUAGCUACUUUUAUCUUGAUUUUGCAGAUUAAUACAUAAAAAAUUGGCAAAAUUUCAAUGUUAAUGUUGACUUCAGUGUUGUUUUACUGUAAACAAAGUGUCCUGUCAUACUGUAUGCCUCCUUGCAAUAAAACUAGUCCACAUACACUCAUUUGUUCUUAAUUUCAUGGCAUUCUUGUGUUAUACAAGAGUCUAUAUAUUAAGCUUUAUCAAUGUACACUAUUGCCGGGUAUGUUUUUAUUUUAUAAAUUUGAGUUUUUUUCAUUGCCUUGGUAUCAUCAGCCUGCACAAAUCUCAUCCUUGGCCAUUAUGCAAAAACUGUUCACAUUCACAUCAAAGAUGUUCACACAGACUGUGAAUUGCCAGAGACAAUAUGUACAUGCAAAGCAAGGCCCAUAACUAUGACUUGAAUAAUUAUUGAGUUAUUCCUCUGUUCAAAUGAAAAACAACAACAACAGACAAACAUUGGUAUAAGGUCCGCAGAGUUCGUGUAUUGUACAUAACUUUUUACAGGCUGAUAUGAAUAAUUGUGAUUUGUAUCAAUAUGUAAACAUGAAUCUAUAUUCGGAGCACUAUUAUGUGUACUGCAAACCGUCAAAUAAUGUUCUUGCAUUCUUUUGAAAGAUUUAUUCAUGAAAUGUGUAUAUGUUUAGUUUGAUCCUUAAACAUGUUUACAAAGGAUUGUUAUGUGGUUAAGUUGACUUUGUUUUAUGUGUUAUCAUUUCACCCUGUUGUAAGACCAUGCAAUGAUGACUCCAUCAAGGUUCCCCUCACCUCCUAGCAGUUACUGUCCUUCAAGGGUAACUUGCCAGCAGUGUGUAUGACAGUUCUUGUUACUAUGUUCAUUCCAGCGUUCACCUAUUCAGUGUUAGUUGAUAGCGAAAUAAUAUCUCAAGGAACUGUUUUCAAACUAAAUGUUACUGGACACCCUCUAUGUAAAAUACUAGAGUAAAAGUAUUGUAUAGCUGAACCCAUGUAAAAAUGCUUUAGUCUUGUGCAAAUACUGUAAAAAAUAUAUGAAAAUGGCUUUUUCGCAAUAAUUUGUAUUCACAACAUUGAUGUAGAUCUACUUAUUCAUGUUUGUGUAAUAGAAAAAUAAACCACAAAACUGGA